AUGACAUUUAACAAUUCACGUGAAGGGCUACCACGAGCAGUGUCUUUGGAUUCGGUCAAGUCUGAUUCGCCGUACCAUUUCUAUCAGACCAAAGUGCUUGAGGAGUACGUUCGACGACCUGCGAAUGCGAGUACGUUACGACAAUAUAUAUUCUUUGGACGACAAAUGACCCCGGAGCGACUCAUUACGGCAGCCAACUGGGUACGGAGCGAGUUAUUGACACGACUUGCGCAUCGAAUCCGGGACUUUCAGCAGCUUCCUUUCCUUGUUGGAACGAAUCCACAUAUUGAAUACGUGUAUCGACUCUAUUGGGGAGCAUUCGAGAAGAUAAGACAACAGCCUGUGAUCCAGGAUUUGGAGGACAAUACACAUUUCUGUCAGGUGCUUCGGGAUUUAUUGGAGGAUGGCAAAUUGGUAGUGCCUCGUUUGGCACGUGGUGUCAGUGAAUGUUCAGCAGCAUGCUACAAUCAUCAAGAUCUCGACCGCUUUGUGAAUCGCAUGCUACGUUCUCGUAUCUCUCGACGCACAUUGGCAGAACAACAUAUCGCUCUCACCGAUGCGAAUGAACAUGGAUGGGUGAAUGAAGAUGAUGGCUACAUUGGUAUUAUCUAUGUUCGGUGUUCAGCAUCCAAGGUCGUCCAACGUGCGAGUUCGCUGGUUCGCAAUCAUGCCCAUCAAAUCUAUGGUCGACAACCACCCGAAAUUCAUGUCCAUGUUCAUAAUGAUGCUCAUCAACAUGGUAUGCAGCAACAGCAACAAGACGAUAAUAAUGAGAUCAUCUUUGCUUACGUUCCUGAACAUCUCGAAUACAUCUUAUUUGAAUUGAUCAGCAAUGCAGUACGAUAUACCCUUGAACGACAUACGCAAGGCAAUAUACCCGCUGUGGAGGUGACUGUGAGUGCAAAUGCGAAGGAUGUUUUCUUUCGAAUCAGUGAUCAAGCCGGUGGAAUUACAUCUGAACGUUAUGGGCAACUUUGGUCGUAUCAAAGUCGACAUCAUUUGGGUAAUUUGGAGCGAGGAAUCUUGAAGAUGCCUAUGGAUAUGCGAGAACGAGCAGAGCAAGCUACCGACUUGGGUCAUGAGCACGUGGGGAUGGGUCUUCCAAUGAGUCGAGUCUAUGCCGAAUAUUGGGGUGGCGAGUUACAAGUCAUGACGAUGGAUGGUUAUGGCACAGAUGCCUAUGUACGUAUCCCACGUCUUGGUACCAAUGCAGAAAAUCUGGGACUUGAAGACAACCCUGCCGCUAUCAAGAAUGAAAGGAGGAAGGCUAAACAGCAUCAACAACAGCAACAUCGACAACACAACGACGCCAUAUCUAGCCAAUACAAUUACCAUCCUUCCAUAGUCCAAAAGAACACCAAUCUCACAUCUUAUGCACUUGAAAGCGAUGGGUGGAGUCAAAGUUAUAUGGUGCGUGAAUAA